GCCUCGGCGAUCUCGGAAAACUUUGGGCUUUCUCUGAGUUGAGGUGUCAGCGCUGGGUCCAGAGGACCCAGCGAUGCGCCAUAGGGGCUGAGGGCAGAUGAUGGGGUCUUGGCCCCGCUGCCCAGGAACUGAGCAAUCUCAACCAGGAAAGUUGGUGCGCACCUGCAGGCUUCUGAAUGAGUGCCCCUAGGCCGAACCGCUCCCCAAGUUUCUUCAGUGAGUCCUCUCAUUCAGUGGAUGAGGCAGUUCGAAUUCCACGUGGAUCAAGACAGUGAUUUUGUGGACACCACUCCAGCACCUUACAGCCCAGAGGAGUUAGCUCCUCCCCGUGUCUGCUACAACCCCAGCAGUCCUGUGCAGAUUCUAGAAGAGCCCGCCUACUUCUACCCAGACUUGCAGCUCUAUUCUGGGAGGCAUGAGGCAUCUGCUUUGACAGUGGAGGCAAGCGGAGGCCCAAGGGGGAAAAGCGUGGAGGAUCCUCUCUCCAACUUCCACUCCCCAAACUUCCUGAGGACCCCAGAGGUGGAAAUGAGAGGUUCUGAGGAUGUGGCAGCUGGAACAGUGUUACAGCGGCUGAUCCAGGAACAACUGCGCUAUGGCACCCCGACCGAGAACAUGAACCUGCUGGCCAUUCAGCACCAGGCCACAGGGAGUGCAGGGCCAGCCCACGCCACCAACAACUUUUCUUCCACGGAAACCCUCACUCAAGAAGACCCACAAAUGGUCUUCCAGUCAGCCCGCCAGGAGCCGCAGGGUCAAGAGCACCAGGGGGACAAUUCGGUGAUGGAGAAGCAGGUCCGCUCCACUCAGCCUCAACAGAACAAUGAGGAGCUGCCCACAUACGAGGAGGCCAAGGCCCAGUCUCAGUUCUUCAGGGGACAGCAGCAGCAGCAGCAACAGCAGCAGCAGCAGCAGCAGCAACAGCAGCAGCAGCAGCAGCAGCAGGGACAGGGGCCCCUCGGACACACUUACUACAUGGCCGGAGGUACCAGUCAGAAGUCCCGCACGGAGGGGAGGCCCACGGUCAACCGGGCCAACAGUGGACAGGCACACAAGGACGAGGCCCUGAAAGAGCUGAAGCAAGGCCAUGUCCGAUCCCUUAGCGAGAGGAUCAUGCAGCUGUCACUGGAGAGGAAUGGAGCUAAGCAACACCUCCCUAGCUCGGGAAAUGGAAAGGGCUUCAAAGCUGGAGCAGGGCCAUCCCCAGCCCCGCCUGCCUCGAAAGCACUAGACCCUCGUGGCCCUCCACCCGAAUACCCCUUCAAGAGUAAGCCAAUGAUGUCCCCAGUCAGCAAGACCCAAGAUCACGGCCUUUACUACAGUGACCAGCACCCUGGAGUACUCCAUGAGAUGGUCAAACCUUACCCUGCACCUCAGCCUGCGAGAACAGAAGUGGCCGUCCUGAGGUAUCAGCCACCCCCAGAGUACGGGGUCACCAGCCGGCCAUGCCAGCUCCCCUUUCCAUCCACGGUGCAGCAGCAUAGUCCCAUGUCCUCUCAGACGUCCUCCAUCAGUGGGCCCCUGCACUCUGUCUCCCUGCCUCUUCCGCUCCCCAUGAGCCUGGCAGCUCCACAGCCUCCACCCGCCUCCCCCAGCCAGCAGCUUGGACCAGAUGCCUUUGCGAUUGUGGAGCGAGCCCAGCAAAUGGUGGAGAUCCUCACAGAGGAGAAUCGCGUGCUUCACCAGGAGCUUCAGGGCUGCUAUGACAACGCCGACAAGCUUCACAAGUUUGAAAAAGAGCUGCAGAGGAUUUCGGAAGCCUAUGAGAGCCUGGUCAAGUCCACCACCAAGCGUGAGUCUCUGGACAAGGCCAUGAGACACAAGCUAGAAGAUGAAAUCCGAAGACUUCAUGACUUCAACAGAGAUCUCCGAGAUCGACUGGAGUCAGCCAACAGGCAGCUGUCCAGCAGAGACUAUGAUGGGCAUGAAGACAAAGCUGCAGAGGACCAUUACAUGUCCCAGAACAAAGAAUUCUUGAAGGAAAAGGAAAAGUUGGAAAUGGAGUUGGCAGCAGUGCGGAAUGCAAGCGAGGACCAUCGGAGGCAUAUUGAGAUCCUGGACCAGGCUCUGAGCAAUGCCCAGGCCAGGGUGAUCAAGCUGGAGGAAGAGUUACGAGAGAAGCAAGCCUAUGUGGAGAAGGUUGAGAAGCUGCAGCAGGCCCUGACCCAGCUGCAGUCUGCAUGUGAGAAGCGAGAGCAGAUGGAACGCAGAUUGCGGACCUGGCUGGAGAGGGAGCUGGAUGCUCUGAGGACACAGCAGAAACAUGGAAAUGGCCAGCCAGCCAGUCUCCCGGAAUAUAAUGCCCCUGCCCUCAUGGAACUUGUACGAGAAAAGGAGGAGCGGAUCCUAGCCUUGGAAGCUGACAUGACCAAGUGGGAGCAGAAAUACCUGGAAGAAAGCACCAUCCGGCACUUUGCCAUGAGCGCUGCUGCCGCUGCCACAGCUGAGAGGGAAACCAGCAUCGUCAGCCACUCGAGGAAUGGCAGCUAUGGCGAGAGCUCCCUGGAGGCCCACAUCUGGCCAGAGGAGGAGGAGGUGGUGCAGGCCAACAGGCGGUGUCAGGACAUGGAAUACACUAUUAAAAACCUCCAUGCCAAAAUCAUAGAGAAGGAUGCCAUGAUAAAGGUCCUUCAGCAGCGGUCCCGUAAGGACACUGGGAAGACGGAAUCUUCUAGUCUGAGGCCCGCCCGCUCUGUCCCAUCCAUUGCAGCACCCACCGGGACACAUUCCCGCCAGACUUCACUUACCAGCAGCCAGCUGGCGGAAGAGAGGAAGGAAGAGAAGACCUGGAAGGGGAGUAUAGGAUUCCUGCUGGGGAAGGAGCAUCAGGGCCAGGCCUCUGCCCCUCUGCUGCCGACCACACCUGCCUCUGCAUUGACCCCUCCGGCUUCCACCACAUUGGCCAGCACGUUGGCCAGCAGCACCCACGCCAAGACAGGCAGCAAGGACAGUAGCACCCAGACGGACAAGAGCACUGAGCUCUUCUGGCCCAGCAUGGCUUCCCUCCCCAGCCGUGGCAGGCUGAGCACCGCCCCUUCCAACAGCCCCAUCCUGAAACAUCCAGCUGCCAAAGGGACUGUGGAGAAAUCGGAGAGCUCUCCUGGUCAUGGGAAGUCGGCAGACCACAGAAGCCGCCUCAGCAGCUCAUUGCACAAGCCCGAGUUCCCAGAUGGGGAGAUGAUGGAGGUGCUCAUCUAGCCCUCAUCCUGUGGAGUUUCACACCAGCGUGCUGACAAAGAUGGCUGAAAGAAGAGAAGACCUAGAUGAUAGUAACUGGGAAACCAGGACAGGUGUGGACACUUCAUGUUACCAAAGCAGUCAGCUCACAGGACUGAAGAGGAGGGGAGAAGAUGCAUGCAGACUUGGAAGCAGAGUUGAGAAGAAACAGGAGUGAGAUUUUCCAUUGCAGAGAAAGUGUAUGUCAUGGGAGGCUCCAUGCUUCCCCUAUUCUUGGCUUCUAGACAGAUAAAGAAGAGCUGGGCCUUCCUUGGAAUCACCCUUUGCCUCUUAGGUUUGGUUUAAGAAGAAUCUGCUGGAAAUCCUGAAAACCCA